AUGGCCGCCAUCCCUUGCUUUAGGUACAGGUGUCAUCAGACAGCGUUUUUCUCUAGUGUGUAUUACUCUCCGGCAUCAUACAGGAAGUGACGUCAUCUUCCCGCGCUCGCGCUCUGUGAUUCGAACUCUGACCCCGAGUGAUGGAGGCGGCUGAGCAGAGGGAGACCGUCAUCCGCGAGCUGAGAGCCAUCCAGAGCAGCACUUCCGGCCUGUGAGACCCCCAGCCACAAUAAUAACAAUGUAACAAUAAUAAUAAUAAUAAUAUAUACUGAUACAAUGUAACAAUAAUAAUAAUAAUAAUAAUAACAAUGUAACAAUAACAAUAAUAUAUACUGAUACAGUGUAACACCCAGGGUAUAAUAUAUACUGAUACAGUGUAACACCCAGGGUAUAAUAUAUACUGAUACAGUGUAACACCCAGGGUAUAAUAUAUACUGAUACAGUGUAACACCCAGGGUAUAAUAUAUACUGAUACAGUGUAACACCCAGGGUAUAAUAUAUACUGAUACAGUGUAACACCCAGGGUAUAAUAUAUACUGAUACAGUGUAACACCCAGGGUAUAAUAUAUACUGAUACAGUGUAACACCCAGGGUAUAAUAUAUACUGAUACAGUGUAACACCCAGGGUAUAAUAUAUACUGAUACAGUGUAACACCCAGGGUAUAAUAUAUACUGAUACAGUGUAACACCCAGGGUAUAAUAUAUACUGAUACAGUGUAACACCCAGGGUAUAAUAUAUACUGAUACAGUGUAACACCCAGGGUAUAAUAUAUACCGAUACAGUGUAACACCCAGGGUAUAAUAUAUACUGAUACAGUGUAACACCCAGGGUAUAAUAUAUACUGAUACAGUGUAACACCCAGGGUAUAAUAUAUACUGAUACAGUGUAACACCCAGGGUAUAAUAUAUACUGAUACAGUGUAACACCCAGGGUAUAAUAUAUACUGAUACAGUGUAACACCCAGGGUAUAAUAUAUACUGAUACAGUGUAACACCCAGGGUAUAAUAUAUACUGAUACAGUGUAACACCCAGGGUAUAAUAUAUACUGAUACAGUGUAACACCCAGGGUAUAAUAUAUACUGAUACAAUGUAACACCCAGGGUGUAAUAUAUACUGAUACAGUGUAACACCCAGGGUAUAAUAUAUACGGAUACACUGUAACACCCAGGGUAUAAUAUAUACUGAUACAGUGUAACACCCAGGGUAUAAUAUAUACUGAUACAGUGUAACACCCAGGGUAUAAUAUAUACCGAUACAGUGUAACACCCAGGGUAUAAUAUAUACCGAUACAGUGUAACACCCAGGGUAUAAUAUAUACUGAUACAGUGUAACACCCAGGGUAUAAUAUAUACUGAUACAGUGUAACACCCAGGGUAUAAUAUAUACUGAUACAGUGUAACACCCAGGGUAUAAUAUAUACCGAUACAGUGUAACACCCAGGGUAUAAUAUAUACUGAUACAGUGUAACACCCAGGGUAUAAUAUAUACUGAUACAGUGUAACACCCAGGGUAUAAUAUAUACUGAUACAGUGUAACACCCAGGGUAUAAUAUAUACUGAUACAGUGUAACACCCAGGGUAUAAUAUAUACUGAUACAGUGUAACACCCAGGGUAUAAUAUAUACUGAUACAGUGUAACACCCAGGGUAUAAUAUAUACUGAUACAGUGUAACACCCAGGGUAUAAUAUAUACUGAUACAGUGUAACACCCAGGGUAUAAUAUAUACUGAUACAGUGUAACACCCAGGGUAUAAUAUAUACUGAUACAGUGUAACACCCAGGGUAUAAUAUAUACUGAUACAGUGUAACACCCAGGGUAUAAUAUAUACUGAUACAGUGUAACACCCAGGGUAUAAUAUAUACUGAUACAGUGUAACACCCAGGGUAUAAUAUAUACUGAUACAGUGUAACACCCAGGGUAUAAUAUAUACUGAUACAGUGUAACACCCAGGGUAUAAUAUAUACUGAUACAGUGUAACACCCAGGGUAUAAUAUAUACUGAUACAGUGUAACACCCAGGGUAUAAUAUAUACUGAUACAGUGUAACACCCAGGGUAUAAUAUAUACUGAUACAAUGUAACACCCAGGGUAUAAUAUAUACUGAUACAGUGUAACACCCAGGGUAUAAUAUAUACUGAUACAGUGUAACACCCAGGGUAUAAUAUAUACUGAUACAGUGUAACACCCAGGGUAUAAUAUAUACUGAUACAGUGUAACACCCAGGGUAUAAUAUAUACUGUACGUACCUUACCAAGUAUAUAUAUACUAUUACAGUAUUAACACCAGGUAUAUAUAUACUGAUACAAUAUAGCACGGGUAUAUAUAUACUGAUACAAGUGUAACACCAGGCAUAAUAUAUACGGAACAGUGUAACCCAGGGUAUAUAGUACUAAGUAAACAUAAUAUAUACUGAUACAGUAAUAAUACGUGAACACCCAAUAUAUAAUAAUAUAUAUGAUACAGUAACACCCAGGGUAUACGAUAUAUAUAACUGAUACAUAAUAUAUACUGAUACAGUGUAACACCCAGGGUAUAAUAUAUACUGAUACAAUGUAACACCCAGGGUAUAAUAUAUACUGAUACAGUGUAACACCCAGGGUAUAAUAUAUACUGAUACAGUGUAACACCCAGGGUAUAAUAUAUACUGAUACAGUGUAACACCCAGGGUAUAAUAUAUACUGAUACAGUGUAACACCCAGGGAAUAAUAUAUACUGAUACAGUGUAACACCCAGGGUAUAAUAUAUACUGAUACAGUGUAACACCCAGGGUAUAAUAUAUACUGAUACAGUGUAACACCCAGGGUAUAAUAUAUACCGAUACAGUGUAACACCCAGGGUAUAAUAUAUACCGAUACAGUGUAACACCCAGGGUAUAAUAUAUACCGAUACAGUGUAAUACCCAGGGUAUAAUAUAUACCGAUACAGUGUAACACCCAGGGUGUAAUAUAUACUGAUACAGUGUAACACCCAGGGUAUAAUAUAUACUGAUACAAUGUAACACCCAGGGUGUAAUAUAUACUGAUAGACACAAUAAUAUAAUAUAUAUUUUCUGAUACAAUGUACCAACAAUAAUAUAAUAUAUACUGAAAUAAUGUAACAAUAAUAUAAUACAAUACAAUAUAUAUACUGAUACAAUGUAACAAUAAUAUAAUACAAUAUAAUAUAUAUACUGAUACAGUGUGUAAUAUAAUAUAUAUAGAGAGCAGCACUGCCAGCCUGUGAGAGAAAACAGCUAAUAUACUAUAACUAUAAUAUAACUGAUACAAUGUGUAAUAUUAUAUAUAUAUAUAUAAUGUAACUAAUACAGUGUGUAAUAUGUAACUAAUACAGUGUGUAAUAUAAUAUACAAUGUAUGGGUGGUGGAUAUAAUGUAGCCCAGAGGAGCUGUGUAUGUGUAUAUUCCAUAAAAUAAAGGGUUAUAGUCACAGCUACUAUAUUAUAUAAUGUAUGGAUGGUUACUAUUGACCUCUAAUGGGGCCCAGAGGAGCUGUUCACCUGUAUAUUACAUAAAAUUUUCUUAGAUCACACAGUGGCUGGUUCGGGGUUUUGGGAAUGUAGUCACCACAGGCUAAGCAUGUCUACCUGACAGAGUAAUGAGACUGUGACAAUGUUUGUUGUUCUGUGUCCAGUAUUGUAUCUUUCACUUAGUCUUCUUUUAACUUUAAUUUCAGUGUAAAAUCUCUGAGAGUGCUUGUUAAAUUCACAGAUCCUGAGAAAGGAGAACUGAGCCAGGCCCAAAACCAG